AGCCGCUGUGAGCAGGGAGAGAGACCGAGCAGGGCACGGCCGUGUGUUCUAGGUGCCCGAGAGGGAAAGAAAACAGGAAUCAGCGGCCCAGACGUGACAAGGCUCGGAGCAGCCGACAUGCCUGCCUCGGGCGGGGACCCCAAGGGAGAGGAUUACUCCACAGCUAUCCUGCGCCAAAAGCAUCGUCCUAAUCGCCUCAUUGUAGAUGAAGCGGCCAAUGAAGACAACAGUAUUUUGAGUCUGUCCCAGGCCAAAAUGGAAGAACUGCACUUGUUCCGUGGAGACACGGUGCUAAUGAAGGGAAAGAAACGCAGGGAGACAGUAUGCAUCGUUCUUACUGAUGACUCUUGCCAGAAUGAGAAGAUUCGAAUGAACCGCGUCACCCGUAACAACCUCCGUGUGCGCCUUGGAGAUGUGGUCAGUGUACAGGCCUGCCCGGAUGUGAAGUAUGGAAAGAGGAUUCAUGUACUCCCCAUCGAUGACACUAUUGAAGGGUUGACUGGGAACCUCUUUGAAGUUUACCUCAAACCAUACUUUCUGGAAGCCUAUCGUCCUGUACAUAAAGGUGAUAUCUUCCUUGUACGUGGUGGAAUGAGGGCUGUGGAAUUUAAGGUGGUGGAAGUAGAUCCCAGUCCCCACUGCAUUGUUGCUCCUGACACAAUUAUCCAUUGUGAGGGGGAGCCCAUCAAACGAGAGGAUGAAGAGGAGAGCCUCAAUGAUGUUGGCUAUGAUGACAUCGGGGGCUGCCGUAAACAGUUGGCUCAGAUCAAAGAGAUGGUGGAACUGCCAUUGAGACACCCAGCGCUCUUUAAAGCGAUUGGAGUGAAGCCUCCAAGAGGGAUUCUUCUUUAUGGACCCCCUGGAACUGGAAAAACACUCGUAGCCCGGGCAGUUGCAAAUGAAACUGGAGCAUUUUUUUUCCUUAUCAAUGGCCCAGAGAUCAUGAGCAAGCUGGCUGGGGAAUCUGAAAGCAACUUACGCAAAGCCUUUGAAGAGGCUGAAAAGAACGCUCCAGCUAUUAUCUUUAUUGAUGAGCUAGAUGCUAUUGCUCCCAAGAGGGAGAAGACACAUGGGGAAGUGGAACGCCGGAUUGUUUCCCAACUCCUGACCCUCAUGGAUGGCCUGAAGCAACGCUCUCAUGUCAUAGUUAUGGCUGCCACUAACCGACCGAACAGUAUUGAUCCUGCUUUGCGUCGAUUUGGGCGCUUUGAUCGAGAAAUUGACAUUGGAAUUCCAGAUUCAGUGGGAAGACUAGAAAUCUUACAGAUACAUACCAAGAACAUGAAACUGGCUGAUGAUGUGGACCUGGAGAAGGUGGGCAAUGAGACCCAUGGUCAUGUGGGUGCUGAUCUGGCAGCAUUGUGUUCCGAGGCAGCACUCCAAGCAAUCCGUAAGAAGAUGAGUGUCAUUGACCUGGAGGACGAUACAAUUGAUGCUGACAUCCUUAAUGCUAUGGCUGUCACCAUGGAUGAUUUCCAGUGGGCUCUUGGCCAGAGCAACCCCUCUGCCCUGCGGGAGACCGUAGUGGAAGUGCCGCAGGUCUCCUGGGACGACAUUGGGGGCUUGCAGGAAGUAAAACGUGAGCUACAAGAACUGGUGCAGUUCCCAGUGGAGUAUCCGGACAAGUUCCUGAAGUUUGGAAUGACACCUUCACGAGGUGUGCUGUUCUAUGGGCCCCCUGGCUGUGGCAAAACCCUCCUGGCAAAGGCCAUUGCAAACGAAUGCCAGGCCAAUUUUGUCUCCAUCAAGGGUCCUGAGCUACUCACCAUGUGGUUUGGAGAGAGUGAGGCCAACGUCCGUGAUGUUUUUGACAAGGCCCGCCAGGCUGCUCCCUGCAUCCUGUUUUUUGAUGAGCUGGAUUCCAUUGCCAAGUCCCGAGGUGGCGGAGCAGGGGAUGGUGGAGGUGCAGCUGACCGGGUCAUCAACCAAAUCCUUACAGAAAUGGAUGGCAUGACCAACAAGAAGACAGUAUUUAUUAUAGGUGCCACCAAUAGACCAGAUAUCAUUGACCCAGCCAUCCUUCGUCCAGGACGUCUGGACCAGCUCAUCUACAUCCCGCUACCUGAUGAAAAGUCUCGCGUAGCGAUCCUCCAAGCCAACUUGCGAAAAUCACCAGUUGCCAAGGAUGUCGAGUUGAAUUAUCUAGCUAAGAUCACACAUGGCUUCUCUGGUGCUGACCUCACCGAAAUCUGUCAGCGUGCCUGCAAGCUUGCCAUCCGUGAGGCUAUCGAGAUGGAGAUCAAGGCAGAACGGGAACGCCAGCGUCAGAAGUACGCUGCCAUGGAUGAUGAUUAUGACCCAGUGCCAGAGAUCCGGCGGGAUCACUUUGAAGAAGCAAUGCGCUUUGCACGCCGUUCGGUUAGCGAUAAUGAUAUACGCAAAUACGAGAUGUUUGCUCAGACGUUACAGCAGAGUCGUGGCUUUGGCAACUUCAGGUUUCCAGCAGGCAAGCAGACCACUGGUGGAGAUGGCAGCAGUGGCAGCAACAGCGGGCAAGGAAGCCUCUUCCAGGAGGAGGGGGAAGAUGACCUCUAUAACUGAUUGUACAGGAAAACGCCCCCUUGUGGUGGGAGUGGAUGGUCCUGUACGCUCAUAUUAUUGUGCUCUUUAAUGUAAGGACUGACUGAUGCUUGAGGCCCUAAACCCUCUUUGGUUGCAGAUCUGCGCUACUCAACACAAGAAAACCUCAUGCUUCGUUUUGGUGGGUAAUGUUGGGUGCCGCUUCCUUUUCUGUCUGGCUUGGCUGUGGCCAGGAAUCCCUUGGUUUUUCCACUCUUGUUUUUUUUUUUUUUGAAGAUUAAAGCAGUACCUGUGGUAGUCAGAAGGGGGAGACAAAGCUUAAAAGCAGCUGUCAUGAGAAAGUUCUCCAUCAGACUGGUCCAUCUGUUCUAGCAUUUUGCUUUCCAUAACAGUCAGGAAGCUGCCAGUUGAAGCUCAAGAUGUGGGAUUAAGGCUUCCCAUAUACCAGGCCUCUGCCCACAAAUGCAUCAGAAUGCUUCAUACCAGUGCCUGCUCUUGUAUUGGCUUCCAAUUUAUAACAGAAGGGAAUGGAGGAUGGGCGGUUUUCCAACCUUGCUUGCAAGCCAGUCCAAACUGUUCCCUUUGACCCCUCUUAGCCCACAGCAAAGCCUUUGGACUAGUAAAUAAGGUGGAUUUCAACAAACUCUGGUCUGUGUUAUUAGGUGACAAAGACUUCCGAAUGUCCAAUAAACUGAAAGCGCAUGCUUCUUGCACUAGGAGGAAUUCUAUGAAGGCUGCAGAGGGCAAAGCAUGCUCGGGGGAGAGAAAUAUGGGCAAAUCUAUACAACAUCCUUCCCUGGGUAUAAAGACUGUCAUUCCUCUGGCUAUUUUCAAAGGAUAUGUCUGCACAGUUGCCUGUAUCUCGCUGUCUACCUGCAACUGGGAAUUCUUAUUCUAUUCUGGAUGUUUUCCCUCUAACCUUGCCUCCAGAUACUGCAUACGAGCACUGCAUAACGACACUGUGUAUCUUGCACUUUCUGUAGCCUGCCCGGCAGGGAAUCUCCCACCACUGCUCCUUGUGUAGCUUUUCAAAUAGUUUACAACUACCAUACUGAAAUUCCUCUUUUGCAACCUCUGGCACAUUUCUAGCAGCUGCAGAGAUUCAGACCACCACUAAAUGGCAGUCGAGUAAUACAGAAUUACUAGUUUUUGAUGCCACCAGUUGUUGGUAGUUAAACAGUUAACUCAUAGUUUCAAGGAUUUUGUUUUAAAAUUCAAUUGGUCGCUAGUACAACAGAAAAGCAAAAAAUAGCGCAUGGAUUAACCGAAGUGUUGUGUGUGUAGCAAUGGAAUUUCAGCCAAGGCACCACCAAACAUGGUCUUUAGAAUGUUGCACACAAAUAAAUAAUUUAUUAAAAGUUUGAUGGACAGCAGAGACCCCUUUCGGCUGCAGCUGUGUCACGUUGUGAGCACAGCCCACUUGAUAGUACAGGAACAUAGCAAAACAGCUGUGUGUUUACAAACAUACUGAAGGAGAAGGUUGGUGGGGCAAUACCCGGGGUGUAAAUUGGUGUGGAAAACUUGAAUCUGGAGCAACAGAUCUCCAUCUUCACCUCUUUUUUCCCCCCAACUAAUUCCCAUAACGGUGACAGAUUUGCCUUCUGCUGUUUGAUCCCACUUGUUUGCCAGCCAGGAUUCUGGAAGCUUGAUUUUUACAUGCUCCAGCUGCCA